AUGAAGGUGAAAUGGACCAUGUUGGGCAUGGUUGUCUUUUUUCUGCUCUCCGUGGUCAUGACCUGCUGUUUCAUAUGGCAGUACAGGAUGCCAAAGCUGAACACAGGUAAACCCACCCACUCAUAACCCUUUUAUCUGUGCCCUCGCUUCCCUGAGCCUGUGCCCCUCAAACAUCCCAUCACGUCACUGAGGAGGGCCUUAGAGAAGAUAGACGUGCUCCUGAGGUCCAGCGUUCACACCACGAAGCUCCCAGCGAUAUCGGCCAUCGUGGUUUUAAAUGACUCUGUUCUGUGGAAUGGAAACUUUGGCAAGAAGAAUAUAAGCGACCCCUCCUCACCUGUACCCAAUGAGUACACAGUGUACAGAAUUGCGAGCCUCUCUAAAAUCUUCCCCACACUGAUGCUGUACAAGCUGUGGGAGGACGGCCUGGUGGAAUCUCUGGACGACCCACUGGAGAAGUAUGCAGACAACUUCACCAUCAAGAACCCACUAGGGAAAAGCGGGGGGCCUGCAUCCUCAUCCGUCAGGACCCUUAGCAGCCGCUCUCCUGCACUCAGUCUGCGCAGGAUGGUCAGCCAGCUGUCUGGGUUACCCAGAAGAUUAAGGUCAACUAAUCUCCUUUGGAGUGGAGACACACAGGCAGCCCUUAAUUUGUUACAGGAUGAUGUCCUUGUGGCAGAGCCAGGCACUAAAUGCCACUACAGCAAUGUUGCUUUUUCCUUAUUGGCCAACAUCUUGGCCCAGAAAGUAACAGGCUCAGACUUUGAGAGCUGGGUGUCAGACAACAUUCUGGAGCGGCUCAGCAUGGAGGACACCGGUUUCAACUUAACUCCAGUCAUUCAGAGGAAGAUGGCUUUGGGUGUGUACAGCAACGGCAAGCCAGCUCCACUCUACAACCUCGGCUGGUACCGACCUGCAGGUCAGAUGUAUUCUACAGCAGCUGACAUGGCCAAGCUCAUGAUGGCUCUUCUGGGUGUGUAUGGUGGGACCCUGCUCCGCCAGGACACCCUGAACACCAUGCUGAGCCCAGUCUUACGAUGCCACAGCGGCUACUUUGCCAACUCCACCGGCACGCCGUGGGAGAUCAAUGAGCAGUUGGGCUAUGAUGUGGUGAGGAAGGACGGCGACCUGGAUGGUUACGCAGCCACACUCUCGCUAGUGCCACGGCUCAAGCUGGGCCUGGUAGUUCUGAUGGCCGGGGUUCGGCCUUCUGACCAGGACCUUGUGAGCCAGGCCUACAGCUAUCUCAUCCCUGCAGUGGAGAGCGCUUUCAGGGACGCUCAACAAACUCUCAAACCGCCUCCGGAUCCAGCUCCAUAUAUUGGCUUUUUCACUUAUAGGAACAUGACUUUCUAUGAGAUUAAAGUGGACUCAGAUGGAGUGCUAGUCAUGCAGCAGUUUGGACCACAGGUGGACACAACUGUGCCAUCCAAGUACCGAACUAUUCGGCUGGAUUACCUACAGGACAGGGUGUUCAGGGUGGUGUUUGAGAGCCCAUACCCUUGCAAGCUGAAGGUUAACAGUGCUUCAGUUUCCCUGGAGGCACAGGACAGGCAGCUCUUCAAUUUUUAUCCCUUUACCAAGAAAGGUGUGUCGCCAGGGUUUGAUUCCCCAGGACUCAACACUUACAGGGUGACAAGGAUAUCUGGCAGACCAUACUUUACUUCAUGA